AGUAACCUCUGAAUAAAAAGAAAAAUACAAUGAAAAAGUGAUCAGAGCUCGGUUCACCUGCGUUUUUCCCUCAACCGUGGCUCAUCGUUAAUUUUUUCGACAAAUAAAUCACUCCAAUAGGACGACCAUCAGCGAAAAUUGGUGGGAGUGGGGAGAGGAAGGUGGAUAGUCAUCAGAAAGGAAUUCCCCGAGUGAUGAUAACGUGAUGACUCAAGCCUGGCUUGCGCAGUAACUCGCUGACUGUCAUUACACCCAGAGUUGCGAAAAUAAUAUUCAAUUGGGUGGGAAUAGCGAUAAUAAAUCGGGAAGAUGUCAAAUGUCAGCAAUUUGGAGCAACAAAUAGCCAAUCUGCAGAUUGAACAUGGUAGCCCAUCGAGUUUCCAAAAUCCGGGGAAGAGUGGGAAGAAAGUGGGUCCUGUUGUCCCCCCCAAACCCAAAAAAUCACAGCCCCAGGUUCCCCAGAGCUACCCAAUAAAAGCAUCGACGACUCCGUCCUACAGUACAGUCUUGAACAACUCAGGGAACGUCGAGAAAACGACAAAUCUCUACGCAAACUCGCCAGUUCCCUUCUCAGCGCCAUCAGAGAAAAAUGUGUUCUCAAGAUCUCACGGAUCCGCCGAAAAAUUCUACAAAAACGAUAACAAUUUUUACCAGAACAACGAGCAUUUCUACACCAACGAACCCCAGGAGAAGUUGUACACCAACGAGAAGAAUUUCUACUCCAACAUAGGAAACAUUGCUGGCCCUCAGGUGCCAGUGGACGACAGAUCGAGACAUGCCACUAGAAACGCUGUUUACAGUAACAUCGAGCCUGCAGUCCCAAUUCCAAUUCCUGUGCCCACUCCUAUCGUCAAUAAGGAGAAGGAUAUUAUUUACAGUAAUAUCCAGUGGAAUAACAAGCCUGAGAAUACUUAUUCCAACAUUCCUAAUCACGAUGAUCUUCCACCACCUCCACCAGGACCAACUGAGUACAUCUCCUGCGUCCCGAGCACCUUCCCACCGCCUCCAGACGAGCUCCCACCCCCGCCCUCCCCAGUGUCGUCAAGCUACUCUGAACUACGCAGAGCAACCUACCAACCAGAAUAUCCAUCCAACUACCCAGACCUCUACGGUCCCAGCUCCCAGUCGUCCUCGACGUACGAGUCCAUCUACGAGCCCAUCAACCCCAGACCGCCCUCCCAGCUUUCCUGCAACUACUCCACGUACUCGGGAUACGGUUCAGCGACGUCAACUCAACCCCCCAACAAGGUAUCACCGGUGAAAGAGGUGGAUACGCUGACAGACCUGCUCGUCCAGGGAAUGGAGGACAAUCAGGAUGACAUCUAUGGGAUAUGCGCACAGUGUGGGGAGAAGGUCGAGGGCGAGGGCAACGGAUGCUCAGUUAUGGAUCAGGUCUUCCACAUCAACUGCUUCUCGUGCUUCGUCUGUCAGGUGAAUCUCCAGGGAAAGCCAUUCUACUCCCUCGAAGACAAGCCCUACUGCGAAGAGGACUACCUGAACACCUUGGAGAAGUGCUGUGUCUGCACAAGACCGAUUCUCGACAGAAUUCUUAGGGCAACUGGAAAGUCUUACCACUUAUCCUGCUUCACCUGCGUUGUCUGUGGGCAGAGUCUCGAUGGGAUUCCCUUCACUGUUGAUGCCACCAAUCAGAUCCACUGCAUCCAGUGCUUCCACAAGAAGUUCGCCCCCAGGUGCUGCGUCUGCAAGCUCCCCAUCAUGCCUGAGCCUGGACAGGAGGAGACUGUCAGGGUGGUGGCACUCGACAGGAGCUUUCACCCUCAGUGUUACAAGUGCGAAGACUGCGGUCUUGUACUCUCAUCGGAUGCUGAGGGCUCUGGAUGUUAUCCUCUUGAUGACCAUGUCCUGUGCAAGAGCUGCAAUGCCAAGAGAGUGCAGGCCCUCACUUCUCAUAUGAUUACUGAAUUGUAAAUGAUGAGAUUGAAGGGAAAUUGUUAGAUUAUGAAAUUAAGCUACUGGAAUUGCUGAGAUUUCUUUGUGAUGAAUCGAGUUCUUUACAAAAAAAAAUCUCUGAUCAUUUUCCCUAAAAAUGUUCUGUUUAGGAGAUCAUAAACAUUUCAUGCAAAAUUGUGGAAUGAAAAAUGGCACGGGACACUUUUUCUAGAGAAUUUCUGAGGUAAUUCCACAAUUUUAAAGACUUCAACUUUUACAUUUCAACACUUGAGACUUUAAAACGUUUGGAAUUAUUUUUAUACUUUGCAGAGGACAAUUUUUUUAUGAAGCAAUUGAUGUAUUAAUUCUGCCAAUUGCGCCCUAAAUACAGUAUCAACAUUACAGUAAUGUUUAAUACAUUUAUAACAGAAUUUUCAUGUGAUAAUGUAUCAAUAGAAUAUUCAACCGUAGAAAUUAUCGAGGUAAUGAUUCAGUAUCAUUAGAUUGCAAGUACGUAAUGCCAUAAUCAAUGCAUUUAUUGAAUAUCUACUACGUAGUUUAUGAUGUGUAAUGAUUUAAUAAAUUCAUAUCUGUAUCUAAAUUUA